AGAGCGGCGAGAGAGGCGGGGUGGCCGGGGCCGGCGCUCCCCUCGGCCCCAGCUCCCGGCCCGCCCCGCCGCCCUGGCCCCCCGGAUGAGGGUAUAUAUUCCGAGCGGGCGCGGAACGCCGAUGAGUGGCGGAGCCGUAGGAGCCGGAGCCGAGUGGAGCUGCGGUAGCGCGGAGGGAGGCUUGCAGUUGCAGAAAUUAUACCCCUGUUUUCACAGAGGUUGGUUACCAGAGCAUUAUGAAUGUUAAUGACCUCAAACUCAGGUUGUCCAGAGCUGGGCAAGAACACCUGCUACAGUUCUGGAAUGAAUUGGAAGAAACCCAACAGGUAGAACUUUAUGCUGAACUCCAGGCCAUGAACUUUGAGGAGUUGAACUUAUUUUUCCAAAAGGCUAUUGAAGGAUUUAACCAGUCCUCUCACCAAGAGAAAGUGGAUGCACGAAUGGAGCCUGUUCCCCGAGAAGUGUUGGGCAGUGCUACCAGGGAUCAAGAUCAGCUCCACGCCUGGGAAAGUGAAGGACUUUUCCAGAUUUCUCAGAGCAAAGUAGCAGUUCUUCUUCUAGCCGGUGGGCAGGGGACAAGACUUGGAGUUGCAUAUCCCAAGGGGAUGUAUGAUGUUGGGUUGCCAUCCCAUAAGACACUUUUUCAGAUUCAAGCAGAACGUAUCCUGAAGCUACAGCAGUUAGCUGAAAAAUAUCAUGGCAACAAAUGCAUCAUUCCAUGGUAUAUAAUGACCAGUGGCAGAACAAUGGAAUCUACAAAGGAAUUUUUCACAAAGCACAAGUACUUUGGUUUAAAAAAAGAGAAUGUAGUCUUUUUUCAGCAGGGAAUGCUGCCUGCUAUGAGUUUUGAUGGGAAAAUUAUUUUAGAAGAGAAGAACAAAGUUUCUAUGGCUCCAGAUGGUAAUGGUGGUCUUUAUCGGGCCCUUGCAGCCCAUAAUAUUGUGGAGGAUAUGGAGCAAAGAGGUAUUUGGAGCAUUCAUGUCUAUUGUGUGGACAACAUAUUGGUAAAAGUGGCAGACCCACGGUUCAUUGGAUUUUGCAUUCAGAAAGGAGCAGACUGUGGGGCAAAGGUGGUAGAGAAAACAAACCCUACAGAACCAGUUGGAGUGGUUUGCCGAGUGGAUGGAGUAUACCAGGUGGUAGAAUAUAGUGAGAUUUCCCUGGCAACAGCUCAAAAACGAAGUUCAGAUGGACGACUGCUGUUCAAUGCGGGGAACAUUGCCAAUCAUUUCUUCACUGUACCAUUUCUGAGAGAUGUUGUCAAUGUUUACGAACCCCAGUUGCAGCAUCAUGUGGCUCAAAAGAAGAUUCCAUAUGUGGAUUCCCAGGGGCAAUUAAUUAAGCCAGACAAACCAAAUGGAAUAAAGAUGGAAAAAUUUGUCUUUGACAUCUUCCAGUUUGCAAAGAAGUUUGUGGUGUAUGAGGUAUUACGGGAAGAUGAGUUUUCUCCACUAAAGAAUGCGGACAGCCAGAAUGGGAAGGACAACCCUACUACUGCAAGGCAUGCUUUGAUGUCCCUUCACCAUUGCUGGGUCCUUAAUGCAGGUGGCCACUUUAUAGAUGAAAAUGGCUCCCGCCUUCCAGCAAUUCCCCGUGCUACAAAUGGAAAGUCAGAGACCAUCACAGCUGAUGUCAAUUACAACUUGAAGGAUGCCAAUGAUGUACCAAUCCAGUGUGAAAUCUCUCCUCUUAUCUCCUAUGCUGGAGAAGGAAUAGAAAGUUAUGUAGCAGAUAAAGAGUUCCAUGCACCUUUAAUCAUUGAUGAGAACGGAGUCCAUGAGCUGGUGAAAAAUGGUAUAUGAACCAUCUACCAAGUUCUACUAUAAUAGGAAAUAGCUUUUAUUUUUGAUAGAUCAACUGUGAAACCGCAGGACCUCUCCUGGAAGACUGAAGUUUGAACUUCCACAGGAUUUCAUUUUGCUUGCUGAACUGUUGAAACUACUACAAACUUUUCAAGAUCCAGAUGACUGAAUUUCAGAUAGUGUUUUUAUUAUCCUCAACUUAUUGAAGGUCUUAUUUAUAUUUUUUGAUUGUAUGAUUUUUCUUCCAGCCAAGGAAAAUAUUGACCAUCCAGAAAGUUUCCUAUAGCUUAACUAUAAUCAGGAUGUUCAACAUUACUUUACUUUGUUUUCGAAGUUGUACAUAGUAAUAAUAUGUCAUGUACAUGUCAGAAGGUUUUUAUGAUACUAAAAGUUUGUUUUAUUUUAUCAAGCAUUAAACUUUUUAAAGGAAAUAAUUGGACACCAAAAUAAACUUAUCUUCUUGUUU